UCCGAUGUAAAGUAUAUCCUUUUGGUAUAAAGGUUAAUUAAAUCGCUUAUAAAAUAUUCCACAACUUUAGAGUGAAUUGGAAUCGGGGUUUUACUCCAAGCCUGUGUAAUGGAGAGAGGAGUAUGACGCCAUUCGGUACUCAAAAAACACUACAUAGGGAGACCUCUUAGCUUCUUGUGUUUACCACAGUUUGCCACUACUUACUGUCCCACGUGUGAUUUUGUUAAUUUAAAGCACGGUGUCAUGGGAAAGAGUAAGAAGAACAAAAUAAAGGAAUCGGGAAAACAAGACAGCAAGGCUGGACAAAAUCCAGGUACAAAGAAGUUCAAAGGAGAUGUCAAACCCAAGAAACCCAAACAGCAGGACCACCUCACACACAUCCCCUUCAGGCUUAGAGAGAUAAUGAAGAGCAAAGACAGAAUGAAAUCAGGAUCUUUGAGGACCAAAAAGCUGAAAAAGUCCAUCUCCUCUCAGUGUAAGCCAAACGAGCCCCAGGAUGGAGACAUACCUGUCCCACAUUUCAAGAGGGGGAAGCAGGAAAGUGAGAAAGCAUAUAUACGGCGCAUGGAGAAUGAGACCAAACACAUCCUUUUCCUCACCAAGAACCAAGUAGACAGAAAGCCAGAGCUGGAUGCUGACAAACAAGAGAAGCCUGCAGACAAGGGCAAGUCUGACAAGAAGAAGGAGUACGAUAAAGUGAGGCUAAACAAGCUUCAGCUAAAAAAGCUAGACAAACAGGAAGCCAGACUGGAGAAAGAGAUGUUUGUAGAUUAUGUUCCCUUUGGUGAAGUUACAUUGGCUCCACCGUCAUUAAGUGCCAAACCCAAGAAAGCGCCGGAAAAAUCUCAGAAGGCAUCAAAGGAGCUGCUCCUCAACUCUCUGCUGGGUCACACCGCUGCCUCUACAGCCAAGCCCUCCAUGGCCCGGCAGAGGCUCAUGGAGGAGGAGAGGCAGCGAGCUGUGGAGGCCUACCGUCUGCUGAAGAAACAGAAACAACAGCAGCACGAAGCCAGGACCUCUAGUCUGGGAAAAACUCACAAUGUGUGAUGACACAUGUCACUUAAAUAAAGGACUUGUUUUUGCUGCUGCAGUCAGAGGAGAUUAUUGCAAGCAGUAAUGUGCCAUGAGGCGGUUUGCGUCAUUCUGUUGUUGAUGUGCCAGGUGGGAAUCAUAGUAACAAAAACCUGCAGAGAAAAAUUGUAGUUAUUGUGAGGAAAAAGUAGUAAAACCAUCAUGAUCAUAUCUCUAGUUUCCACUGUACAUGAUUUCUGGAAAACAUCAGCACACAGUAAGUCUUUGUUGCAGCCACGUUGGAUGUUUACUUUUUAAGGGCUCAUUUGCAUUUACAGUGUUUCUUACAUGUUUUGCAUUUUUUGGUAAAUGCAAUGCUUUCAUCUGUGAUGUAAAAAUAACUAAAUUAUAAAGGUUAUUUGAAUUGACAGGUCGUCCAUGGGUUGUUUCGGUUCUAGUCCUUCCUGUUAAAAGCUGGAUUUUUUUUAUUUGUGUGGCACUUACAUAAAAUAUGAAGUAAAAAAUGUACUACCAGCGUAAUAUUUUCAUAAAUCUUUAACUCUAUAUUUUACAUCACCUAUAUCAGCAGAUAAACAUAUUUUUUCCUAUAAUAAAUACACAUUUAUAAUCAUUGUUGCUUCGGAAGCUGAAGUUCUAAGUGUCACCUCCAGGUUUAUUGAGUUGUUUUCAGACUUGAUAAUGUUGUGAUCAUAUGACUUGCUUUCAGUCUGGUUUGAAUCCAGACAUGUAUAAUUUUGGCAAGAAGGCAAGCAAUCCAAUGUUUUCUUCUCUGAGUCUUGUAAUAAAUAAAUCACAUUAGCCCUUU